CCUUGCGGGGCGGGGCAGCCAAAGUGGCUGAGUCCUGCCUGGCAACGGAGGAGCCGCCGGAGAGCCGGAGAGCGAGGCUGAGAGGCGCGAAUGGUGCUGGCGUGGCGGCUGCGAGUUCAUGUGGCGCCUGUUCCGCGGCACGCUGAGAGCCCUUCCCGGCCUGAGGAGGCGGCGGCAGCCGCAGCCGCGGCCGAGCGGUUCGGGCCCCGCCAGCGGCGCGCUGCCUGCCAUGGAGCGGGCCGUGGUGCGCUGCGUCCCGGCCGAGCCUAAGCUAAGCGUGUCCUUCGUGCUGGGCGACGGCAGCGCCCGGCACAUGCAGCGCGACCAGGCGGAGCCGCUGGGCCGGGCGCUGGCGCGCAUCGCCAACAACGCCGGCAAAGGCCACGCCAAAGCGGCCAAAAAGAGCAAGAAGGCGCAGGCCGAGGCUGCCGUGCCUCCGCCUCCGCCGCCCGCCGUCUGCCUCUUCUCUCAGGACGGCGAGGCCGUGGCCGAGGACGUGCCCAACGCCGAGGCCUGGCAGGACGGCGCCGUGCUGCAGAUCGGAGAGGCCCGCUACCGCGUGGAGCGCAACCCGCCGGCGCUGACGGAGCUGCAGUUGCCGCGCUCGCUCCUGGCCGGCUUCCCCGUGUGCCCCAAGCUGCGCGCCGAGUUCGGCUCGCCCCGCGACUGCCUCUUCCGCUGGUACCAGGAGCAGAAGGCCGAGCCGGCCGUAGGAACGGCGGCUGCGACUGCCGCUACCGGGGUGGAAGCUCCGGGCGGCUGGGUGGAAGCUCCGGGCGGCGCCGAGCGGGUCUUCACGCCCAGCAACGCGCACAUCGGGCUGCGCCUCAAGCUCGUCUGCACGCCGGGCAACGGGCAGCGGCGCUACGGGCUGCCCCGCGAAGUGGAGAGCAGCGGCCCCGUGGAGGCCGGGCCGGGUGCCUGCACUUUCGACGCGCGGCACCUGUACACCAAGAAAGUGACCGGGCCGGGCCUCAUUCGCACCGUCACCUACAACGUCCUGGCUGACGUCUACGCGCAGACCGAGCUAUCGCGGACCGUGCUCUACCCGUACUGCGCGCCCUACUCGCUGGAGCUCGACUACCGGCAGAACCUGCUGAAGAAGGAGCUGGUCGGUUACAGCGCCGACAUCAUCUGCCUGCAGGAGGUGGACAAGUCUGUCUUCGCCGACAGCCUGGGGCCCGCGCUGGACGCCUUCGGCCUGGAGGGCCUCUUCAAGAUCAAGGAGAAGCAGCACGAGGGCCUGGCCACUUUCUACCGAAGGGACAAGUUCAGCCUCCUUAGCCAGCACGACAUCGCCUUGAACCAGGCGCUGCUCGAGGAUCCCUUGCACAAAGAACUGCGAGACAAGCUGGCCCCCUAUCCGGAGGUGCAGGGAAAAGUGCACCAGCGGUCCUCUGUGUUGCAGGUUUCUGUUCUUCAGUCAACAAACGAUUCUUCAAAAAAGAUUUGUGUUGCCAACACCCACCUAUACUGGCACCCAAAAGGUGGGAACAUCCGUCUGAUCCAAGCUGCAAUAGCAUUGUCUCAUAUUAGGCAUGUAACACAUGACAUAUAUCCUUCUACUCCUGUCAUAUUCUGUGGGGAUUUUAAUAGCACACCAUCAAGUGGAGCAUAUAGUUUCAUCAAUUGUGGCAGCAUUGCUGAAGAGCAUGAGGAUUGGGGCUCAAAUGGAGAAGAGGAGCGCUGCACAAUGUCUUUAGCCCAUCCAUUCAGACUGAAAAGUGCUUGUGGUGAACCAGCUUAUACUAAUUAUGUUGGAGGCUUUCAUGGAUGUUUGGACUACAUUUUUAUUGAUGCAAAUGCUUUGGAGGUUGAACAAGUAAUUCCACUGCCAAGUCAUGAAGAAGUAACCACUCAUCAGGCCUUACCAAGCGUUUCACACCCUUCAGAUCAUAUAGCACUAAUAUGUGACUUAAAGUGGAAGUAGACUAAAAAAAAAGUUGGUAUCUGUUCCUUUCUCUUAAGCAAGAAAUUUGGGCUACUUAGGAGAAUGCAACUUGAAUCCUGGCUUGGCUACCAGCUUUUACAAAAGAUAAUUGGAUAAAAAGUGUUUAUAUGCCUAUUAGGAAUGUUAACCAGAUUUUCAUAUCUCUGUAACUUGUCAUAACCAGAAUGUUCUUACGGCAAAUACGCCCCCUUUUUUUACACUAAUAAGGAAAGCAAUCAAUGUUUAAUGCUCUUUUAAAGUUAAAUUAUCUUGUUUCCUUCUCAUAUGGUUUUUGAUUAAGGGUAUUUUGUUUAAACUGAAUUUAUAUAAGAAUUGGAACUAGAAGGGAUUGGUAUUCUCAGCAAGUAGUAUGCCCUGUCAAUAUAUUGCUGUUGCCUUUCGAAAAGAUUUUCCUUGACAAGCUGCCAAAAUUGAACACACUAUGUUGACCCUACACAAAUAUCCAUAUCAAAAGUUAGCAUUCCAAAAAUGAUUUGACACAAUUACCUGCUCUCAGGCAUUGUUGGGGGGGGGGGGGCGCUGUUAUGUAAACCAAAAUAAUUGUGCUUAAAUAAAUGAAAAUCAUGACCAUAUGUGAAGUGUCGAUUCCCCACCCCACCCCCAGAGUAUGUAAAAGGUAAUCUGCAGUAAUUCUGAAGUCUUCUGGUAAUGUACUGAAGUGUAAACAGAACUUGAAAAAUACAGCAUUUGUCUCAUUUGCUCUUAA